AUAAAUCGAGAAACUCGGGCGCGCCGGUCAGAUCAGCGUUGAUAUCGCCGCUCGUUCAGAUCAAAAGAGCGCACCGGUAAAACCAGCCUUUAGAAAAGGUUCCUUCCAACCAACCCUGUGCUAGCACAAAUCUUUCAUUGAUUAUUUUGUAUUAAAUUUUUCUUUCUGUUUUGUCUAACAACCGUUAAAUUAGAAAUGAUUUAUAUUAUUUUUUAAGUGAUUUUUGGCGGGAAAACCAUUUCUCGUAAAUGAUUAGAUGCGAAGUAGGGGAGAAACCCUCAAAUUUAUUAAUUGUGCUCAGUGUACACUGUACUGCACAGUUUACAUAUUUAUUUUGUACACUGAAACUUUAUCACUGCUAAAUUUGUAAAUUGGUAGUUAAACCCCUUCUUUUCUUCGAAUUAUUUUUUUGUGUGUGUCUAUCUUUAAUUUAGAUUAGCGGACUGAUUUUAUCCUAAAUGUGAUUUUUUCCAGUGCGUUUUAUACUUUUAUACUUGUCUACAAAUAUUUAUGAUUAUUAUAUUUAUUCGCACCGAAUAGAAUAACAAGUUACAAUAAAUCAAACUAACAAAUACUUUCUUAAUUAUUUUAGUUUCAGAAAAUUAAAAAUGGCAUAUGCUGAGGAUGAGCCGGAAAUUGAUAGGAAAGGAUGGCAUUUUAAUGGAACUGAUUUGUCUAAAAUACCGUGUUUCCGGGACAGUUUUUUCUACUCUAUUCUCUCUGGGAUGCUAGUGGGAGUAUCAUACAAUCUACUUACAUCCAGAGCUCCAUAUAAAUUAGCUUUUGGUACCUACAGUGCUGUUCUUUUUGGAUACUGGGGUGUGUGUAGAUACAAUUACAGAAUGUCUGAGGCGCAAAUGAAGCAAUUAAGAAUGGCGAUGGCUAAUCGCGCAGUAAUGGAAGGAACAAAGAAAGACAAUGAAUGGAAGAAUUCAAAUCCUACGAGUGAAGCAUAAUCUACAUAGUUAAAAUACAGGGUGUCAAGUAGAAAAAAAAACAAGAAAAAAGAUCAUUCAUCUGAAAGAAAAUUAUUUUACUUUACAUAAUCCCCCCAUCUUAAAUCAUUUGUUUGACAGUAUAAUAGCUAGUGGAAAAUUUCUAAGAAAUAUAUAUCCAUGAAAGCUUUUAAAACAUGUCAGUUUAGAUUAUAUUUUUUGAAUGAGUAAUUUCAUUAGAGUGUAAGAAGUAAAAUUGCAAUUGCAAUUUAUGCAAUAUCAAUUGCAAUUUUGGGUAGUAGUUUAAUAAAUUAUUGCAGCCUCUAGACGCGUUAUAAUAAUAUUAACUUUAACAGCUGACAACCUUAAAUAGAAAUAAAUAUCAAAACCUACUUGAUCCAAUCCUGAUUCUUAGUCCUGAUCUUGUCCAAUUGUUCUGUAGUUAAUUUUCAGAUUUAUAAAUGAUUAUAGAAAUACUUGCAGAAACCAAAAUGGCGGAAAUAUUAAACAUUUUGCAUUUUCCCGCGCAAAUUAGCUCAGCGCAUCCUAUGCAGUGGUCCCCAAAUAACAGGUUAGCUGUAUCCUGUAGAAAGGGAAUAUAUGUACUGGAACUAGGCCUUAAUCCAACCUGUACCCUCCCCCAGCUGAACAUUCACAAGGCAUUUAUUCCAAACCAAACCAAACCUUCAACAGCACCUAAUAAGUUUAACCAGGAUUUGUCCGAUAUAUCCGAGGAUUUAAAAAACCAGAUUCUACAGGAUAGGGUUUUAGCUACACUUAGCCAAGACUCAAAGAGUGUAAAUUCCAUGAGAUGUGUGGGUUGGAGUCCUCUAGUGGAUAUAGGUUCAAGGAAGGAUUACCUUCUUCUCACCCUGUCCUUGGAUUACAGUUUUAGGUUGCUGGAGUACAGACCUGAUCUCGUGGAAUGGGUCUGUUACUCCGACCUAACCUCAACCCUACUCCAGUAUAUGAAAACCCAUCCUAAACUUUUGCGAACUCAGUGUCUAGAGAAGGGGGAGAAUGAGAGAGAGGAGAAUAUUAAAAGACGAGCAUACCUCGCAGCGACACUAACAGUUCACUGGACAGAACAGGACAGGUUUGUAAGUGGACAGGAGGGUGGCCAGCUUGUAUUUUGGACUCUAGUCUCCGGUAAGGUUGGAGUAGAGAAGAUUCUAAACCCGGAGCAAGGUUCUAUCUCAGCUCUUGUAACACAACAGAUUCAAGAGAGGAAAUUGACUUAUUUUGGUUCUGUGGACGGUCGAGUUUCAGUCAUUCUAGACUCAUCUGUCAAACCUUGUCAAGUUUGGAAGGAGCAGGACAGAUUGAAGGUGACCCACCUUCAGAUUUGGUCCCAGGAAACUGAAGACAACAUUUGGAAACUCAUCAUCUGUAAAGCAAACUUUGCUCUUGUUCUGUCUCUUAGUUUCGAUGAUUUUAAAACGUCAGUUCAGGUUUUGGAACAAUAUUCGUUAAAUGCCGGGAUCUCAAGUAUAGCUGGGGUUGAGCUUAUUAGAGCACCUCUAUCAGCAAUACAGCAUUCUAUCAUCGGUCAGACUAGUCACGGGCAAGGAGAAGCUUUAGGAGACGAUAUCCAACCCGAUCCCAAACCUGGGACUGAACAUCUUGCCGUAAUGGCGCACAAAGGAAGUUUGAUUCUCUGGGACGGGAAAAAGAAGAAAUUGGAGAUAGGAGUUGGGGUGGAUAGAAGAGAUUAUGGAACUUGGGGGUUCGUUUCUAGCCCUAACCAGGCCAUCUAUUGUGUACUGGAAUGCAUAUCUGUUUUCAAUGAUCAUUUGCUGCAAAGAGAACCCUCAAGAAUUAUAUUCUUUAGUCUGCUAGAACCAAAAUAUAUCAGGAGUAAGCUUAGGUGUUUGGAAUUAAAGCCAGAUUUCUUGGAGCUAUACAGAGUUAUUCUUUAUUCCAAAGGUUUUGAUGUUGGAAAACUUGACGAGUUGCUAAACAUAAACUGUAGAUGGUGGGUGGCCUCUGCGCUUGUAUCACGGAAGAAGCCAUUUUCCAAUAUGGCUGAAUUGACGGCCAUUGAGAAAGUUCUGCGCUGCAAUGCAGCGUCCUCAGUUCUGUUUUCAUGCGCAGUCGACAGGAAAGCGAAAGCCGCCGCUGUAAGAUUUCUUGAACUGUUUUCGGCAGAUGAAGACUCACUGUCGUUAGCCACGGAGCUGAAAAGCGAGUUGCUGUACACUUGGAGGUGCGCUGUUUGUGCCUCGGAGGCAAGGGCUGAAACUUUGAGAACGGUGGUUUGCUUAAAUAAUCACAGAUGGGGAAGGUGUGGGUUAACUCAACUUCCAUGCGACGAUCCGUCCUACCGAACCUGUUCCUGGUGCUCUGCUCUUUACCUGGAGAUGAGAGAUGAACCAGUCCUAUCCUGUUCCUUGUGCUCUGGACCUGUGGGAGGAUGAACCUGUCCUAUCCUCCUCCUGGUGCUUUUCUCUAUAACGGGAGAUGGGAGAUUAACCAAUCCUACCCUGUUCCUUGUGCUCUGGGCCUGUGGAAGGGUUAAUUAAAGUUUUUAAAAUUGUGAUACCUGAUUUAACCUUGACAUGCAUUCCAACACAGGGUGACAGGGCAGGGUCAUGUUUAUAUUGUGGAACAGAAUCAACAUCUUGGGAUUUUACGGGAGAGAAAAUAGUUUUGUUUGAUUUGUUCGGGUUUUAAAACUACAAGAGAUUUGAGGCUUUUCCACACUGUUGGAUACAAUUUUAACGAUCUUCAAAGAUUCGUGAAAUACGAUAUAUUGGCGGAAAUAUUAUGUUUAGGAUAAAUAAUAUUAAAACUUUUAAAUUGGUUUAUCAUUUUAGUAAGAGUUGUCUUUAAAUUUCAAUGUAUUGUUUGCGGUAAUGUGAUAAGUUUUCCUAAAGGCUGUGAUAAAAAUAGUAAU